AAGGUAAAAGGUCAACCUGUGUAACGUGUCAGCGGGCUGUCACCACACCGGUGUCACCCCACACACACACACACACACACGUCAACGGUCCACCAACGGUCCACCAACCGACCACCAACCGACCUUCGACGGCGUCUCAGAAAAUGGCCAAAAAGCGGAGAGAAAGACGUGAGACGGACGGAUUGUCCUCGUCCCAGGAGGAGGUGAAGGCGAAUGCUAGGGACUCAGAAGUGCUGAAAGAGGCUCAGCAUACUGAAGGGGGCUCAGCACGCAUGUCUCUGCUGAUUCUGGUGUCUAUCUUCACCUGUGCUGCCUCGGUCAUGUACCUCGUCUACAGGAACUUCCCAGAGCUUCCUGAUGAUGAAAUGGAGAAAAUCAAGAUCCCUAAAGACAUGGAUGAUGCCAAAGCUUUGGGGACGGUGCUGUCCAAAUACAAAGACACAUACUACACCCAAGUGUUGGUGGCCUACUUCGCAACAUAUGUCUUCCUCCAAACAUUUGCGAUUCCUGGAUCAAUCUUCCUCAGCAUCCUGUCUGGAUAUCUUUACCCUUUCCCCUUGGCUCUUUUCUUAGUCUGUUUGUGUUCUGGCCUUGGGGCUUCCUUUUGCUAUAUGCUGUCAUAUCUGGUGGGCAGACCCGUGGUCUACAAGUAUCUUUCAGAGAGAGCACAGAAAUGGUCCCAGCAGAUUGAAAAACACAGAGAUCACUUGAUCAAUUACAUCAUCUUCCUGAGGAUAACCCCCUUCCUUCCCAACUGGUUCAUCAACAUCACCUCGCCUGUCAUCAAUGUGCCUUUGGGGGUUUUCUUCAUCGGUACCUUUCUCGGAGUGGCACCACCAUCCUUUGUAGCGAUCAACGCAGGUACAACACUGUACAAACUGACCACAGCUGGUGAGGCCGUGUCCUGGAACUCUCUGGCUGUCCUCGGUGUACUCGCUGUGCUCUCGAUCUUGCCCGUCUGCUUCCAGAAAAAGCUGCAGAAGAAACUAGAGUAGAACGCUAAACACCUCAGCACCUCAUCUGCUGGCCGAUCCCAACGUCCCCUUCCCCCGGCUCAGGAACGCGCAGCUCUCGCUCAAGUUGCUCCGCCUCAGUCUCAUACACAGCUGCUGGGUUUGCUUCCGGUGGGAGAAUCUCUGAUCACUGGCGCAACCAGCAACUCACUGACCACAAAACGCAUGCAGUGUUGGGCUGUUCCUGAUGUUAAGUAAAAGUGUAAACUGGCCGCUGCCUGCACAAGGUUUUUGGUUUCUGUGAAUUAUGUUGUUGAUUGUGGCACAUCUUGUAAAUAAGAGAAAUUGUUUUUUUUUUUUUGUUUAUUAUUGAAGGCACUGUUCAUUAUUGUAUGAUUCUUGCCAGGCAAUUAAAGGUGCUACUUGUAGGAUGUUGAACUAAAACAAUCUGAUACAUGGAAUUUCUUUGAAUGCACGUACCAGUUGUUUCAUGUGGCCUACUUGUCAUGGGGAAAAUGUGUUUCUUCUCUGUUUUCUGUAUGAAACUGUAUUGCAAACAUCUAUUUUUUAUUACAGCAACUUUUACUAUCACAUUUUCUUUGGCAUUAGCAUAUCAAUUACUACAUCCUGUUUGUAGCACCUUUAAGUUCCACUCCCUUUUUAAUAUUUAUUUUAACUUUGCUUGUGUCUAAUUGUAACCCUGAUGAACAGCAAUAACUGUACCACUACUGUUGAAAGUGGAUUUUAGUUUUCAUAAAAUAAAAUUUGAUACCUGGUUCUUGCCUUGAGAGACAUACAGCAGUGUGAGGGGGGGAAAAUUAAACUAGAGAAGGAAAAUGUAAUGACUGGUCUCAGUAAGAGCUACUUUUGUCGACAUGGGUUCCCAUGUUCUUCCUCAAAAGGUGCCUGGAUCCACUGCCACACUUUUUAUUUUAGCAUUAAAAUUUCUGUUCAUUGAUAGCCUAAAGCAGUUCUUUGCUUUGUAACUUGUAAAGACCAAGCUGAUGUAAUAUUUCCUCAGUGGACUAAACUGUAUGAUACUGAACUCCAAGCAUCAGCCAAUUCAAAUUGGUAUUCUUAAUUAAGAGGUGAUCUUAGAUUAUGUCAACACAACGCUGACAAUGUGCAUCCAUCUCCAUUUAGCUACACCAGUGCCCUCAAAAAGACUGUCAAUGUACUGAGGUAUCCAAGCCUUACCUUGCUAUUUACUGCUUUCUUUCUUCACCAGGAGAAAUGUAUUAUGAUGUCUGAUUUAUGUUGUUUAAAUAGUUUUGAGUGGCUAAUUUUGUCCUGUGCUAUAAAAGCUUACUGAUUUCAUUCAUUUUAUUUUAUUUAGAUGUUUGUUUUGUGUUUAGCCUGUGUACCAAGGUAACUUAUUGCUGCUGCUGAAAAACUUUCUGGAAGGUUUCCAGAGACGUUGAUGCAGUGACUGUACAUUCAGGUAAUUUAUUCAACAGACUUUUCUUUAAUCUCUUAAAAAUGCACAUUUACAGAGGCAGGUGGUUUUAUGUGUUUUGAGAGUUCCUGUUUUAACAUUAUUGUCUUAUUAUUCAACAGAUUUACUGUGUACUACUGUACGUUUAUUAACCUCUCAAACCCGGAUUUGAAAUGGCAACACAAGAAUCAGUUCAUGUGAAGUUUGAGUGGUUGCUCUAAUACUGUUUGUAGCAGGAAUUAAUGCUGUUUCAGUCAAAUACUGUUGGGUUGGUUUUAUGGUUCUUACUGGUUUAUGAGAGCUAUAUUGGUACACCAGAUUGUUGUUUUCAUUAAGGUGUUAAAGUCAAAUACUAAAUGCUAUAAACUGGUCCUGAAAAUUAAUUUUUUGGUCUCAAUAUUCAAAUAUCAUCUAGAUUCACUGUUUGGAAGUCCUCCGUAAUGCUAAAUCUGUCAACAUCAUAGAUUUUAAUUAUCCCUCUAUUUGUUACAAUAUUUAAACACAAACCUAUCCUAUACUUCAUGCUGAACAUAUACUCAAAUUGGAUAUAUUACUGCAUUUUUUUUGUCCUAUUGCCCUAUCAGCGAUAUAGUGAGAUCAAUCUUGUGUAACCCUCUGUUAACAUUUCAAAAAGCAGUAUUAUUUUGUACUGAGCAGUGAUGUAUUGCAGUAUGAAGUGUUUACAGUUUUCAAUUUCCUGUCCUAUCUAAUCAAAUUAAUGUUUUUUUUUAAUAUUUAUUAAAUCAUUAAAAUGAUCUUUACAGAA